CAGCAACAGCAAGAGGAGAAACGUCUGGCAGAUGCUGGCUAACGGUGUGGGCACUGCCGCCGUCCGUUCCCCCAGGCACUCAUGAGCAGAGGAGCAACCCUGCAGCGAAGGACGACCUACCUGAUCUCCCUGACCCUUGUGAAGCUCGAGUCCGUUCAGCAGCUCCAGCAAGGGGAACAGCAGCAGCAGCAGCAGCAGCAUCCGCCACCGCCAGAAGAUGAGAAGGCAAGGGCUGAGGAUGGGGCUUCUCAGCCGGAGGGCAGAGCAGGCAGCCUCCCCUCCAGCCCUAUGGCUUUUCCAUCAGUUGCCGAACCCUCCGGGUUAAAGAGCCACAAGGAAGCUGAGGAGACGGCCAAGAUCAAGAGGCAAGAGCGCAUCUUCCACCGGCAGGAUGCGCUCUGGAUUAGCACCAGCAGCGCCAGCACUCCUGACUACCUACUGCAGUUGUCGCCAGGCUGCCCUGAGACGCCUGGCCCAUCCCCAUCCCCCGAUGGCACUGGGCGAGCUGGAUCUCUCUGGACCCCACCUAGCAGCAGCAGCAGCCAAGACAGCCCUUGGGAUCCAAACCUCGGAUUAACAGCAGCUGCCCCCAAGGCUAGGGCCACCAUCAGCUUGGAUGCACCAGCCAUGAUGCCGAGGUCUGAGGUGCUGGGAACUUCAGUGGCUCCAGUUGUGCCCCCCAAGCCUGACCCACUGGUGCUCCCUGUUGCACCAGCUGUGCCCCCCAAACCCGAUAUGGCGUUGACCUCCAAAUCUCAGCCAGCUGUCCCCUUUAUUGCUCCGCCCCUGGCUCCUAAACCUGAGCCUGUGGUGCCCUUCCAGCGUGAGGCAUCUCUGCCAUGCAUAGCCCCAGGUCUGCCGCCCAAACCCGAACCAGCAAUUCCCUCUAUAGCCCCCAUCAUCCCUCCCAAACCAGAACCACCCGUGGGCAUUAUCUUUUCAUCUGCUCCUCCCAAACCUGUGAUAGUCGGCCCUUCAGUCUCCUCCACUGUCCUUUCUAAGCCUGAAGGUACUUUUGUCCCAUCAGCUCCUGCUGUAGCUCCAAAGCCCAAAGCCAUUUUGGUUCCAGUCCUGCCCAGUGUGCCACCGAAACCAGAAGUGGCUCUGAUCCCCUCCAAGGCUGGGUUGAAGGAAACCUUGGAGAUCCCUGGAGAUGAGUUGCCAAUCCCUCCUCCAACCACUGCCAGCUGCUCCUCCAGUGCCGCUGCACCUGGACGCCGGAUGUUGGUCAGCCACGCUAGCUGGGGUGGCCCUGAGCCUGGGACCAUGGAAAUGACGGUGAGCCGUGUGGGUGUUUCCUCCUUCUCUCACUCGGGAGCCUCCUCUCCUCACCCCGCUGCUGGAAAUCGCCGCCUCCGCUUGGCCACAAAUAAGCCUUUCAAAACAGUGACCACCACAGGGGCUAAGGUGGGUACAGAGCCAAAGGCCAGCAAGGGGAGCCACAAAGGGGGUACCCCAAAUCGCCUGUCGUGGCCGGAGAGUGAAGUCAAGGGCCGCAUGAAGGUGGCAGUCAAAGGGAGCGGGGAGACUGUCCCCCGAGGAGGAUCCAGGGCGAAACUGUCGCCUCACAAAAACAAAAGCAAGACUCUGGACAACAGUGACCUCAACCAUGGCCCAGUCAGCUUAGCCUCAUCUGGUUCUUGCUCCUCAGAGGCCGCAGUAGGGCUGAAGAGAGGCCGGGAGGGUGGAAGGGCCUCCACUCGUGACCGAAAAAUGCUCAAGUUCAUCAGUGGCAUCUUCACCAAGAGUCCGGCUUCCACUCCCACUCAUCCUGGGCCUGGCUGGAGCCUGAGCCAUAAAGAGCUGCUUAGUGCUGAGCUGGCCAAGGGAGAAUUACCCAAGGCUGUGGCAAAUAGCCAAGAAUGGACUCUUAGCCGCUCUAUCCCUGAGCUACGCUUGGGCGUCCUUGGAACCAUCAAGAGUGGCAAAUCAGCCCUGGUUCACCGCUACUUGACUGGAUCCUACUUGGGCCUUGAACCUGCAGAAGGGGGCCAAUUCAAGAAAGAGGUCGUGGUGGAUGGGCAGAGCCAUCUUUUGCUGAUUCGAGAGGAAGCUGGGCCACCAGAUGCUAAGUUCGCCAAUUGGGCAGAUGCCGUCAUCUUUGUCUUCAGUCUGGAGAACGAGGCCAGUUUCCAAGAGCUGACUCAGUUCUACGGGCUCCUCACCAACUACCGUGCUGUUUCCGACAUGGCUCUUGCCCUGGUGGGCACUCAGGACAAAAUCAGUGCCAGCAAUCCACGUGUGAUUGAAGAUUCCCGAGCCCGGGCUUUAUGUACAGAAAUGCGGCGUUGCCUCUACUAUGAAACCUGUGCCACUUAUGGACUGAAUGUUGAUCGGGUCUUCAGUGAAGUUGCCCAGAAGAUUGUGAACAUGAAGAAGCAACAGCAGCUGCUUGCAUCCUGCAAAUCUUUGCCCAGCACACCCAGCCAUUCAGCAGUUUCUACACCGGCGAGUAAUGGUGGCCAUACAAGUGACUACUCUUCAUCCCUUCCUUCCACACCCAAUAUCAGUCAUCGGGAGCUGCGCAGUGAGGCUUCAGCUAUAAUUGGCACACCCAGCUCCCUGCAACGUGGGACCAAACGCCGGACCAGUCUGUUCACUAAUCGCAGAGGGAGUGAUACAGAGAAGCGGAGCCUGGAUAGCCGAGGUGACAACACGGGCAGUGGGAGAGCUAUACCCAUCAAACAGAGCUUCUUGCUGAAACGAAGUGGGAAUUCUCUGAACAAGGAGUGGAAGAAAAAGUAUGUCACUCUGUCCAGUAAUGGUCUUCUCUUCUAUCACCCCAGCAUUAAUGAUUAUAUCCAUGGAACCCAUGGGAAAGAAAUGGAUCUCCUUCGCACCACUGUAAAAGUACCGGGCAAACGCCCACCCAGAGCCAUCUCUGCCUGUGGCGCCUCCUCAAGUAUCAACGGCCUGGUGAAAGACAUGAGCAGCGUUGGAGUUGGGGACAGCAGUACUAGCCCUAGUCCAGGCCUGCUGAAUCCUCCAGUUGACCCAGCAGUCAAGCUCUUAGGCAAACCAGAGCGUUUGCAGCGCUCGGUAUCUUCUUCCAAAGCUGAAGUAUCCAUGGCUGCAGAAGGACUAUCCAGUCCUGGCAGCAGUGGCAAAGACCCUCCUCCAUCUCCUAUGAUUGACAGAAAGAAACACAGGCGGAAGAAGCUCACCACACCAUCCAAAACUGAGGGAUCAACAGGGCAGGCGGAGGCCAAGCGUAAAAUGUGGAAAUUAAAAACCUUUGGUAGUUUAAGAAAUAUUUAUAAAACAGAGGAAGAGAACUUUGAGUUCAUCAUCGUCUCCAGCACAGGGCAGACAUGGCACUUUGAGGCCAACAGUUUCGAGGAGAGAGAUUCCUGGGUCCAAGCGAUCGAGAGCCAGAUCUUGGCCAGCUUGCAGUGCUGUGAAAGCAGCAAAAACAAGGCCCGGAUGGAUAGCCAGAGUGAAGCAGUGGCAAUCCAGGCUAUCCGAAAUGCCAAAGGAAAUUCUUUGUGUGUGGAUUGUGGGGCAUUAAAUCCAACCUGGGCCAGUCUGAACCUGGGGGCGCUGAUUUGCAUUGAAUGUUCUGGCAUCCACCGGAAUCUGGGCACCCACCUGUCUCGGGUGCGCUCUCUUGACUUGGAUGACUGGCCCCUGGAGCUCACCUUGGUGCUCACCUCUAUCGGGAACGAAACAGCCAACAGCGUUUGGGAGAAAUGCACACAGGGGCGCCGGAAACCCACCUGUGAGUCAUCACGGGAAGAGCGAGAAUCUUGGAUCCGAGCCAAAUAUGAGCAACGACUCUUUCUGGCACCACUACCAAACUCUGAACUCUCCCUUGGGUGCCAACUGUUCCAGGCUGUCUUGGACCAAGACUUGUGGGCCGUGCUGCUUUUGCUAGCCCACAGUGCCAAGGAACAGAUCAAUGCUCCUACCGGGGACAAGGAUCGGCGCACAGCUCUGCAUGUGGCAUGUGACCUUUCACACGUGGUUAUCACCCAGCUUUUGGUCUGGUACGGUGCUGACGUUAAGGCCCAUGAUGCUGUGGGGCACACCGCACUCUUCUACGCUCGCCGAGCAGGAAGCCAAGAAUGCAUUGACAUCUUAAUGCAACAUGGUUGCCCUAACGAAGGCUACAGCACUAUUGCCACCCCAGGCCUGCGCCGGAAAAGCAGCAGUGCCAGCAUGGGAAGGACCGAGGCCCGAACUGCCCUGGUGUAGCAUGCCGGGGGGAGCCUCUUCCCCAUCCCAACGGUGCCAACAAGAGUGCAGUGACUGAUGCCUCCUCUCCUUAAGGAGAUCCCACUCCCCUCUGGCACCUGGACUGUAAUGCCAAGGAGCAUAGAUCAUGACUUGUGUCAUGCAGAGGCGGUGGCGGCUCCCAUCCAGAGCCUGGCUUCAGUGGUUCUGCUUGGCAUAGGCUGCCAUCACCAAGACUCACAGCUCUCUCUACUGCCAGGCCUUGAGCUGCUCUGCUGAUAUCCUGGGCAAACAGCCGUCUCUCCAGACAGGUCAUCAGAGAAAGCCUACAGGGAACCGAGAGCAAUGCGUCCCAGUAUUUGGAGUGAAUAAGAAUUAGGACCUGGGCUGACGUUGUCGUCUUCCCAAUUAAGACUUUGGGAAAUGAGAGGGACAAGGGUUUACGUGGGGUCAGCUCCCCUUUUCUUUCUGGGUUUAUAAGUGUUGAAGGCGAAAGGUAAAUCAAUAUUACUGGAGCGGUUGGUGACUGAACUACACUAACCACUUCUAUGGAGCCCCAAAACAUGACAAUACAGGGGGGGCGGGGGGGAGUGUUGAAGGGUCCAAGAGCAUUUGUCACAACAAUAGCACUGAGGGAAGAAGGUUCAAGAGGGAACCUUUGUGUCACUUAAUGUGGCUUAAGUGAACCCCUCUCCUCCUCGUGUUAGGGUACAGGGCUUAGUGGAUGCACUUGAGCUGUGGCGCACUAAAGGGGUUGUAGGCCAGCCUCCCUCAUUUCUAGGCAGGAGCGUGUACAAAAACAAGAGUGAAGAUGUUUGCUCAAAUCCAGCGAGGACGGGCAUGUGGAAAACAUGCAUUUCAUGGAGAAACCUGUUUCCAUUAUUCAGUUUUCCUUGCCCUUUCAACAAAUUGGGUUUUCUCUUCCAGAACGCCGACUCUUUGGGGCAUUUUUCUUUAUCCGAGAGAGAGAGAACAUAUUUUUAUUUAGCAGACACAGCUCCUAAUGCCUGUUUUGUGAAGCGUUUUAAUUUGAAAUGUCGUGAGGCUGUUGUGAAGCCCACCCGCACCCGGCCUGUCCAGGUCGAAGCGGGUGAGGCUGAAUGAAUUAGGACACCCAUUAGCAGCAAGUCUCCACCUAUUGCCUUGCCAGACCCCUUUAGUCUUAGACUCAGGAUCACCCUGCUAUCACUCGGAAACACCAAGCACACUCCUUCUUGAAGCCACACUGAAACACAUUCCUUCUGCUAACUUUUCCUCAGGUCUGGCGCCAGAUCGUUGCACUGAAAUAGCUGUUAUGUCUUACACUCUUUCGAAGGCCCCAAGCUGCCUCCUUCUCCUUAGAAACCUUUCCACUCUUUCAGGUCGUUCAGAGGAGGUGACAAAUGGUUGAGGCAGCUGGUUACGGGCCAAGAAGGGGGCUCAACCACGGUGAGGCAAACGCUGGGCAUCUCUGAGGAAUUCAACAAGGCCAUCUUUUAUGGAUGCUGAGCGCUCCUCCUGAAGCUAUAGACAUACUGAGCAGCCAGAGGGGGAGUUCUUCCAAAGCAACACAGAGCCUGGCUGUUAAAAAGAAGAGUCAUUUUUUUUUAAAAAAAGAGAAAGAAAUGAAGGAACAUUUGUAAAAAGCUCCUGUCUUCACUCCUCCCAGUAUUAUCUCCCCUUUCUGACUUUUGUCCUAGUUUAUUGCUUCAUUUCGAGAAGGAUAAAAUCCUUCCCACUCUUUCUUCUCUUUCUGGUUUGGCAGCUCUCCUGGUGCAAGUGUUUACAGGCCUCGCCUCCACUGUUGUGGCAGGGGCAUCUGUGUGGUUGUGAUGAGUGAUGUGGUCUCAGGCUUUAUUUCAAAUCUGUGAUCAGGGUAAUGCAAUUAAUCCUCCCUCCCCAGUGUGGACAGACCUGGGCUGGAGCGGCCGUUACAAUUGCUGCCUCCACCCCACUGGCCUCUGGUCAAACCCAGCCUGAUCUCAUUCCUCUGGCCGCUGGUUUGUACCAUGAGAACUGGACGUGCGGGCAAAGGGCACAAGCCCAGCCAGGCCACAUCACCUCUUAAGACACCUCGGGCUUUCUUGCCCUUCUGAAUCUGAACAAGUUCUUGAAUGUACUGGCGAUUGUGUUGCACGAGAUCCAUGCCCCUUAGCUGUCAAGAUGGAACCUGAUAGGCCUGGCCCCAAGAGGAUAGUUAAAACACACUCACAUUCUUGCCAGCUUCCCCACGGCAUGAUGGAUGAGCAUGGCAGGCUGUUGGGAAGGGAACUGGCUGUGCAUCCUGGCUUCCGAGCACUUUGGAAUCCAGCCUUGAGGGUCAGAAGAAAGCAGGGGGCACUGAUCCGUCAACACUGAAUGUAAUUUAUGCUUGGGGGGGGGGGGGGCUGGCAGUUCAGCACAAGUUCGUGGGAGAGCCUCUUGUGCAAGCCCCAGAUUUGGGACUCGAAAAGUAAGGUGGGUGGAAGUGGGGGGGGAGGGGAUGUGGAAGUGCCAGAGCUGAUAUUAUUGGCCCUGUGCAGCUGUUGUAAUCUCUUGGAUUGUACCUUGUAAGUAUGUGACAAUGUAAGAAGAUGUAAUAACAGUGACUGAUUAUUCCUUCUUGUGAUAGCUUUCCAGAGUUGGAUUGCCAAGUGGGUGGGAAUAUUUCCGUUGGGGUUUUUUUUUCCUUCUCUUUUUACAGCAGCAGCAAAUAAGGAAGAGCAUUUAGGAGAAAGUAAAUGUUGCCUCCCCCCUGGAAAUUACUAAUGCUGAGGAGGAGAAGAGGAGAAGGAAAGGGAUAGCAACGGAGUUUGUAACAAUUGGUCAAAUGCAAGCUAGGGACAUGAUAUUCAGGUGAUCUCAGAAGCCUUGCUAUGUUCCCAGGAGACCACAAGGAAGUGACAGUACUCUUAAUUCUCUCCACUUGAUCAUCUCCUUGCCUAUCUUUUAUCCCACUGCAACAAAAUCUAGUGUUUAAUAUGACAGAAGUAGAAAAAAAAACUCAGCAUAUAGAUGGACAGGAAGAUUCCUAAGAGCAUUUGCUUAACUUGUAUUGCUUUGCCCCUUAUUACUUAGCUCCCGUUGGUGUCUUGCUGUAGUAUUAUACAGAGACAACUAAGCACAUCUACGUCCAUUGAGAUCUUCAUCCACCACAUUCUCAAAUGCGUGUGCUGCAUGAUAAAUACUUCUCCUAGCCAUUCUCACCUGUUCUUGCUAUCGCAAUGCCUUCGUUUGUGAACUGCUGCAUGAAUGGUCCAUUGUAGGAAAACCUCAAUUUAACAGACGAGAAGGGAAAGGGGGUCUGUUAACUCAAAAUGAUGUCAAUUUCCAUCCAUUUACACUGUUUGUGUGACACUUGUCCAGACUGCUUCAGAAAUGGGCUUUUGUCUUGUUAUUUGCGGGGGAAGCAAAAAGAGAAACGUUAUCCAUCGCCUCAUAAGCCUGCUGAAUUGAGGUUUUACUGUAUCUUCAUUUAAAGUAUGAUAAUUGGUGAUCUGUAAAUUAAGUUGGUAGAUAGGAAAUGUGGUUAAAACAAGUAGAUUAAGACUUAUUUGGGGGGAAAAUGCCACUGAGCAAUAAUCCAUUACAGUUACAAGUAGUUGUUGGCUUCCUCACCCUAACAGGCUUCAUACAUUCAGUGGGUUUUAUUUGCAGCUGCUGCUUAGUGUCAGUCCUGAAAUGGCUCCUUCUGUGUCUCCAUUAGCCCCUUAAAAUAAAAAUAAAAAAUCCAUUUUGAUAAAGAAAAACCAGAAGACUCCUCAAAGGGGGAGAUUUAAGGGUUUAUUCUUCAUUUUAGGAAUCCAGUCUGCCAAACUGAAAAAGUACAGAUUCUAAAUGAACAUAAAUUCCCCCAUCAUUGAAAGAGUAAAAAAUAAAAUUUAAAGUUUACUUCAAGUUUAAAUAGGUUUCUUUUUCUUCUUCAAGAGACUGUAAGAGAUGAGUUAGAAUGCUGAAACUUUUAAAGUGCUAUAAUUGGUAUUUGAAAAAAAAAUAAGACUAUUUCCUAUAGAUAUAUCUUUGCCCAAUUCCAAUGUUACUUUUUAAAUGCAUAUCCCACACUAAUCUUUUUAAGAAGUCGUACUACACAGCAACAUUAAGAUUAAUCUCUUUUUGUAGAAAACCAAGUAUUCCCACCCCCUACCAAAAUCUGCACAAUCAAAUUCUUCUGUGCUAAUAAUAAAGGCCAGCUAAGCCAGUGUCAUCCCAAUUCAGAGACUUUGGAGAUCCAGUUUAAAAAGUGCUCACCACUUCUGUGAAAACCCGAAGAGCCCUUCCACCAUGCUCAUUCUUGUAGGCAAAAAAAAAAUCAAAGUACUAUAGAUUCAGCAAAUGUGAUAAUUCUUAAUUCAAUUGUGUGCUCUUUAGAAUGAUGUGUGCACGGAAGUAUGAAAGUCAUAGUAAAAGUUGUAUCAAUGAAAAGAUACAUAUUUAUAGGGAUCUCACAUAUAAAGAGUGCAACUUGCUACAUUCAGAUGUUUCAGUGGGACUUAUGCGAUACAUAUUCUUGGUUUCUCUGACAAUAAGACAAGAGUUUUAAAG